AUACACUCUCGACCCCUAUCCAAACGCCACUGAUUAUUGAGAAAAGUAGAAAACCGCCGACGUUAACCAACUGAGAGAAAAAUGGCCGCCGCAGCACCACCACCACUCCCAACCACCACCCCCGAGCUCAACAUGGAUCUCCCGACUAGCCACCCACUCUUCACUAGGAUCCGCCUCGCAACUAGGCUCGACGUCCCGGUUAUCCACAAAAUGAUCUACCAAAUGGCAGUAUUCGAACGCCUCACCGACCUAUGCUCCGCCACCGAACCCUCCCUCUCCACCACUCUCUUCUCCAAAGACAACCCCUUCGAAUCCUUCACCGUAUUCCUCAUCGAAGCUUCCAUAAAACCAUUUCCUUCCUCCUCCAUCGCUCACCACCCCAAAUUCACACCCACCCACAAAACCCUAAAUCUCGAUUACCCGAUCUCCGAUCCCGAAUCGGAAGUCUUCAAGUCAUCGACGAUGGAGGAAGGAGUGAUUGUAGCUGGGUUCGUUCUGUUCUUCCCUAAUUACUCGUCCUUUCUGGCGAAACCAGGGUUCUACAUAGAAGAUCUGUUCGUGAGGGAAAGUUAUCGGAGGAAGGGGUUGGGGAAGAUGCUGUUGUCGGCGGUGGCUAGACAGGCGGUGGCGAUGGGGUACGGGAGGGUGGAGUGGGUUGUGCUGGAUUGGAAUAUGAAUGCGAUAAAGUUCUACGAGGAAAUGGGAGCUACUGUUAUGCAGGAAUGGAGGGUUUGUAGGCUCACUGGUGAUGCUCUUCAAGGUUAUGCUACUACUUCUGGUACCAAAAACGAUAUUGAUUUGAUCUGAUUUGAUUCGUUUUUAGGGUUUUCUCGGUGUUUGGAGGAGAGAGAUAGAUAGAAUUAGGGUUUUCUAGGAAUUGGGAUUAUGUGAAUUGUCUUAUUUGCCCCCUUUCCUCAAUGUUUCAACUUUAGUUACGGAGA